UUAGCAUAAACAUGUCGGUGGAAUUACUGGACAAUUCUCAAUUAAUAAAACUCUUUAAAAAUAACAAUGGAGCCCAAUGGGUGGAUAUUAUCAAGGAUAGAAAUAUUGAUGGAAAAACAUUAUGGAAUAUUACUGAAUUUGAAUUGAGACUGUGGACUAACAAUUUUAGGGAGUUGUGGACUUUCAUUAAAAAGAUUAAAAAAAAUCCUGAACAAUUCCUGUCAAAUACUUCUUCAAAUAAAGGAACAAAUACAUUAAGAAGAAAUGUUUGGAAAGAAAAUUCAAAGCAAUUUCAAUCCUUAGAAAGCAUAGUUGGGCGUUUACCUCCAUUAGAAGUACAUAGCAAGGAUGUGCACAACAAACCACUAAAGUCAAAUCAUACAUUCAAAUCCACUGAUAAUUUUGUACCUUCUAACCAAGAUGAAGAUGAUCCAAAUUAUGAAAAUAUAAUAAGAAAAAAUGUAUGGAGAAAGGAUUCAAAAUUUGAAUCCUUAGAAAGCAUAAUCAGUAAGCAAGCCAAAUUACAUCCUGCCCCAGUUGUAGUUGAUUCAGAUGAUGGAUAUAUGUCUCCAAAAGAAGUACAUACCAAGGAUGUGCUCAACAGUAACAACAGACCCCUAAACUCAAAUACUGACAAAUUGGUACGUGCUAACCAAGAUGAAGGUGAUCUAGAUGAUGCAUAUUUACCUCCAAUGACAAUAAAAGAAAAAGAUGUGCCUAGCAGACCUGUAAACACAUCUCAUAUAAGUCCAAAUAAUAAUACACUACAUAAAUCAUCAUCUAAUACGACAAGAAUACCCAAGAACGUAAUUCGUGAGGACUCUUCGCCUUCAUCAACCACAUACAUUAAUGCUGGAUCAAUAAGCCAACGAAAAAAUUCCACAAAUAAAACAAAUUCUCCACUUGAAACUACAAAAUUGAAUAUCCACAACAGGAAAUUACCGAAAACUCCAGAUGAGGAAGGAUCUGACCUCAUAUCACAUCUGAGAUCCAUAACAAAGAGGCCUUUACCAGCAAUUCCAAACACCAGGAAUGAAGUUGAUCAGUUACCUGAAGCCAUACAACACCAUAUUACAGAUGGCAGUCCUUUGCCAAUGAGUCAACGAAUAAAUCUAAUGUCUAAAGAGACAUCACAUAGUAGCUUAGUUAAUUACUAUAGGAACGAGUAUGUUGUUGCAGUAAGGCCUGAUUCAGAAUCAGAUGAUGAAUUACUUUAUGAAAAUGUUGAGGAAAUCAAAUCAAGAGGUGAUUUAACUGAAGUAGAAUCGGGGGAACAAUUAUAUGAUAAAAUUAAAAAUAUUGAAAGUAAAGGUGAAAUUAACACAAAUAUACAUAACAACAGUAAAGAAAAAAAAUUCAAACAAAUAUCAUCGGAAUUGAACAAGGUGUUCUCUAAUAGAGGCAAAGCAUAUGAACGCCACACUGCACCACAACAUUUACCAACACCACCAAAAACUUUUCCCUCCCUAGAAGAAUUGUGCAACAACAAUCCAAUUCACAACUUAAACGCCGAGCAGUUCUUCAGAAACACAGACGGAAAAGGGGCGAAACAGCUUCUGGAAGGUUUAGAGGACGGGGCGUUCCUCUUCAGAAGAAGUCAUCGCAAAGAUUUUUAUCUUAUCUUAACGGUGAAACAUCGGAACAAAAUUGUCAAUUUAGGAAUCAUAUAUGAAAAUGAUAAAUUUAAAUGUAACGCCGACGGUGACUCAGGAACUCCAGAAUUCUCUAGUUUGAGCGAGCUUCUUUCGUAUUUUGAACGGGAGCCGUUAACAAUAAGUAAUGAUGAUAAUUAUACGUCAUAUUCUGUAUUGUUAAGGCCUGUACUUCCUUCUAAUAGGUUUUAAUGGAUUUAAUGACUAAAAAUGUAAAGUUAAUGUUUACAUGAUUGACACCAUAAUUAAUCAAUUAGUAUCGUAUAACUAUAAAAACAAAUUAAUAAAAUAAUAACAAUGCUGUUACCAUCA